UUAACCCUGUCUUUUUCCCCUUCCUUAAACUGUUCCGAUUAAAUCGUGAAAUUCCACAUUCUUUUCACUCUCUUCCUCUCUCUCUCCAAAAAUAAUUCAACAAUUUCCCCAUCAAAGCCCAAAUCGAAUCAGAGGAGAGAGAAACAGCAAAAGGGUAGAUCUUUGGAGAGAAAGAGAGAGUACAUGGGGAAGGUGGCGGUGUGCGUGGGGGCGGUAUGCGCGACGGCGGUGUGCGUGGCGGCGGCGCUGGUGAUGCGCCACCACAUGCGGAGCUCGGGGCGGUGGGCGAAGGCGGCGGCGAUAGUGAGGGAGUUGGAGGACAAGUGUGGGACCCCAAUUGGGAAGCUGAGGCAGGUGGCCGACGCCAUGGCCGUCGAGAUGCACGCCGGACUCGCCUCGGAAGGCGGCAGCAAGCUCAAGAUGAUCAUCAGCUACGUCGACAAUCUUCCCACCGGAGAUGAGAAAGGUUGGUUUUAUGCAUUGGACCUUGGUGGCACAAACUUCCGUGUCCUUCGUGUACAAUUGGGUGGGAAAGAAAACCGUGUGGGUAAACAAGAGUUUGAAGAAGUUUCUAUUCCUCCGCAUUUGAUGGUUGGAACUUCUGAUGCAUUAUUUGAUUUUAUUGCUGAAGCACUCAAGAAAUUUGUUGAUACGGAAGAUGAAGAUUUUCAUAUGCCACCUGGUAGAGAGAGGGAGCUAGGUUUUACCUUUUCAUUCCCAAUCAAGCAGUCAUCAAUUGCAUCGGGGACUCUUAUGAAAUGGACCAAAGGCUUUUAUAUAGAAGAUGCGGUUGGAGAAGAUGUUGUUGGAGAGUUGACAAAAGCCCUGGAAAGAGUUGGCCUUGAUAUGCAUGUAACUGCUUUGGUCAAUGAUACCAUUGGAACAUUGGCAGGAGGCAGAUACUAUGACCCAGAUGUAAUUGCUGCUGUGAUUUUGGGUACUGGAACCAAUGCAGCAUAUGUAGAGCGCGCCCAUGCGAUUCCCAAGUGGCAUGGUCUACUACCUAAAUCAGGAGAGAUGGCUAUCAACAUGGAGUGGGGUAACUUCAGGUCGUCACAUCUUCCAUUAACGGAAUAUGAUCAAGCCAUGGAUUCUGAGAGCUUGAACCCUGGAGAACAGAUUUUUGAGAAGAUUAUUUCUGGCAUGUACUUGGGAGAAGUUGUGCGUAGAGUUCUCUGCAGGAUGGCUGAAGAAGCUUCCUUUUUUGGUGAUACCGUACCCCCAAAAUUGAAAAUUCCAUUUAUGUUAAAGACCCCGGUUAUGUCUGCAAUGCAUCAUGACACAUCUUCUGAUCUCAGAGUGGUAGGGAGCAAGUUAAGGGAUGUUUUUGAGAUAUCUAAUACUUCACUGAAAACGAGAAAAGCAAUAGUAGAGGUCUGCAACAUAGUCGCCGUUCGUGGAGCCCGCCUAUCUGCAGCUGGGAUUCUGGGCAUCCUCAAGAAACUGGGGAGAGACACAUUGAAAGAGGGGGAGAAUCAGUCAGUGAUAGCAUUAGAUGGUGGACUUUUCGAGCACUAUAUGUUAUUCAGAAAUUCUAUGGAGAGCACUCUCAAGGAGUUGCUGGGGGAGGCAUCGGAAACCAUUGCGAUACAGCAUUCCAAUGAUGGCUCCGGCAUCGGAGCCGCCCUCCUAGCCGCUUCACACUCCCAAUACCUCGAGCUAGAAGAAUCUUGAUGACGGAGAGGGAGAGAGAUUUCCGGUCAAAAGGGAUUGCAAUUUUUGUGUGUUUUUUAUUGUAUAUUUUCUGUUCCCCUUUCUUGUACAACUUGGUUUGGAUCUGUCUCCUGGUUCAAGAGUUGGUCCAAGCUAAUCCUUGAUUUGUGUUCUGCCAACAAGCCUCAGUUGGUCGUUCUGGUUUUUUCCAAGUGCUGAGAAGUUUUGAGCACUAAUGUAAACUUCAUUUCUCGUGAAAUAGAGAAUAAACUGGGGAAUUGCGGCUUUUGUUUUCAGUAGCUGCUUGUAGCAGAACAUUCACUCUGGUACACUGAUGCAAAUAAAGCUUUUAUUUGUCUACUAUAGGAAUCAAUAAAUUUGGUUUUGUA